CUGAGCUCUUGUCUUACUUGAAGCUUUCCAGACUGCCUUGAAAAAUAUAAGUGUAAAGAUUUCAGGAGCUACAUGACCUACAUAAUAAUGAUCAGUUUGUCUUUUUUCAUUUUAAGUGUGAUGGCUGGACUCAAAGCAUCAUCAUCAACAUCACCGUCAUCUCUUAGGAUUUUGACAAAGGACUGCAAUCAGACGGGCCUUGACAAUUACAGAGUUUCCGAUUGCUCAGACAUGGCAAAGAUUCCUCGGAUGAAUGCUUCUACUGGUCCAGAGUGGGAUUCUGUACAAAUAAAAAUCAGCAAGGAUGGAUCAGCUCCUGUUGUGAAUGUGGCUUGGAAACUACGAUGUGAUGGGUCCUUAAGAGCAAUUCGUGGCUCAGAGAUAAACAUCAGAGAUGAAAAUACAAAUCAGAGUGUCUGUGAGCAGAUUCAUUUCUCUGUUAAGAAUAUGGAAAAUUCAAAGGAGGAAAGGUGGACUUUUUCCCUGGACGUUUUGGUAGAACCGAAGCACACGUAUACCAUCACAGUGUUUCACUUCCCUGAACCUGACAUCGGACAUUACAGGAUUGUGAACCAAACUACUGUACCAGGAUGUAAAGACCCCAGAAUCAAAAACUCCCAACUGUGCCAGGAGAACGGUAGUCUAUGGAUUCCCAGGAUAGCUGCUGUGUUCACUGAGAAGAAAGAUUUGAUUAUUGUGGCGUUUGACUCGGCGGAGUAUUCAGAGAGCUAUCUAGUCUCCAUCCAGAGUGGAAGUGUAAAUUGUUCCAAAUUGGUCAAUAAGGAAAACAGGACGCGUCUGAAUGUGACGCUGGAGUGUGUUUCGUCUCAGUUGUCACAAUAUGAAGUAACCAUCCAACCAUAUUUCAUUGGCUGCAAAAAUAACUGUGAGAGUGCUAAGAAAAACGUAACAAGAAGCCAAAGCAGCAGAUCUAUAAAGAUCUGUUUGGGAAUUAUGUUAAUCUUUGUUGGUGUUCUUGUAUAUUUACGGCAGAAAGCGUCUCACAAAGCGGCUCCAGUCACUCCUGCCUCGGCUGACAAGCAGCAACCGGAAGUUUUUCACGUUCAAGAGAGAAAACGUGUCCUCGUCAUUUACUCCCUCGACCAUCUGUUAUAUAAGAACAUCGUUCUGAAGUUUUCCGCCUUCUUAGCGGCAAAAUGUGGCACAGACGUGGUCGUUGACCUGCUGGAUUCAACCAGACUGGGAGUACUGGGCAGCAUCCAGUGGCUUGAGUGGCACAAAGAGCAAAUCGAGAGGUCUAAAGAUAAAAUAUUAAUUCUUUGCUCCCGAGGAGUCCAGGCUAAAUGGAGAGCCAUGUGCGGAGGCAAACAGGUUUUUCUGAGAGAGGACGCUCUCUCUGCUAUCGGUGACACGCUCACUCCUUCCCUCACUCUCCUGGCGCCAUAUUUUAUCCGGUCGCCGUCGUUUGAAAAGUAUAUCGUGGCGUACUUUGAUGACGUUUGUUGCGAGGAAGACAUCCCCUUGCCCUUCAAGAUUACAGUGCGCUACAAGCUGAUGAAACAGUUUGAGGAGGUCUUCUUCAGAAUCCUGAACACAGAAAAACACGAACCGGGCCGAGUGAAGCAAAUCAUCGGGCUCUCGGAGGACAAAUACCACGAGUGUCCUUCAGGGGGCGCCCUAAGAGACGCUAUAGAGGCCUUUCGCAUGUAUCAGUUGGAGCAUCCGUACUGGUUCCAGGAGGAGUUACUGGAACGCUCCGAGCUGGAGGACUUGGAGGCCACAGAGGAAUGCGACGAACAAAAAAUAAGAAUUACAGACCACUUAGCAUGUGUGUUCAGUUCGGUCCAACUCAUCAGUGACAUGGAGAUCCGAAAAAGUGUUGUAGCGAUAAAUGAAACAAAGAUUCAGCUGGCUGAAAUGCAUGAAAUGGACUCAACUCUGGAGUUCAACUCUCACACUAUACAGGGCAGUGACGUGGGGUCAGGGGAGGCAGGUGAGGCAGUGCCUCACCUGCCAUCAUGGAAAGAAAGAAAAUAUAUAAUCAUAAAGUAAUUUAAAUUGUUAUAUUC